UAACCGGAGGCAGGCCGCAGGAGUCGUCGCUACGAGCCGCAACAAGCAGCAACCCUGAGGCAAGGAACGCGAACGCGCCGGGCAGCGUGCCGUUGGAAGAUGGGAUCGGUCGAGGUGAGCGCGAGCGGGUCGAACGGACCGAUAACGAGCAGGCGGAGGAGGAUUACGAGGGCGAGGACGAGUACGAGGACGAGCUGAAGGCCGUGGCUGAGUCGCACGAGGCGAUGUCGAGGGACGACACUAGGAAUUCGAACGCGUCGACGGCAGCGUCCAGCGACCAGCCGGGCGGAAGCUCUUCCACGGCGACGAAGAACUUCGACUCACGCGAGGUGAUCACCGUGAACAACUCCGACGAGGAUGACGCGUCGAACGAAGCGAUCACCGACGAGCUAGUUGACAAGUACGACCAGGAGGUGGCCGAGCUGUUGAAGUACAAAAGGGAGAAGAACUCGAACCACAACGAGGGGAAUCGUACGAAAACGAAACGAGUGCCGACUGUGAAGAAGGAGCUGAGCACUCAGAAGGAGAUCUUGAUUGGCAACAACGAGACACAAGUGCCGAAGAGUCUGGUGCCGCCUGAGGACACUGUGAGUGGACUGGACGAGGAAACCGAGGCGAUCCGGAGGCGAAACGGCGGCACGAACGAGCCGAUAAAAUUUGAGGAUCCAGGGUAUUCGAAGUCGUCGCGAGGGGAGGACGAAGUGACAACGGACAAUCGAUACACGAAUUUAGAAGCGCAGGACUCGAAGAAGUUGGACAAACGGCAGGAAACGGCGUGGAAGGAUCUGAAAUCCUGUUUGCUGACGGAAUACGCGACCGAUGAGAAACGUCGUCAAAUGCUGCGCGAGCUCGAGGCUGAAGAGGACGUCCUGGUAAAUAUCUUGCUGAAACUUUGGGCAAAGCUAGCGGAGAAUCCAAGUCGAUGGGAAUCCGUGCAGAAACUACUCGAGAACAAGAAGAACAAUCUGGAAAUAUCGAGAAACACUCUGGACCCAGCUAAAAGAAGCUACGAAUCCACGUCUACGCUGUUCCCCAGCACGUCAGAAUCCUCCGGCGAGUCGAGAAAGUCGCGAAAAAAGUCGAAGAAGAAGAAGAAGCCUAGACAUCGUUUCUCAACGACCACCUUGCCUCCAGUACCAGCUACUCCUCCUCUGUUCACCACGACGGAAACACCUUGGCAAACGACGCCUGGUCGGUGGCGUUUGGUCGCGGAGAGACUGUUCGGUGCACCCCGGCAACAGGAUCUGCAGGAGGGAACUCAGAAAACCACGAGUCCUCAGUAUUCGGUGUCUCAGAGCCCUAGAAGCUUGCCCUCUAUCAGAGAGCUGAUCGAACAGAACAAAUCGAAGAGUAACCUGAAGUCGUUCCCGGCCGAUAGGAAACUGCCGGACGAAUUUGAAGGACUUGAUAAGCAGAGGUUGUUCGAGAGGAUUAGAGUUCAUCUACCUGCCAGCGGACAGCCUCGUAGAGAACUCUACGCCAAACCUACUACGACAGAACCAAAACGGAUGCCAGACUACGACAUCCCGGAAGAGUACCGCCGUUUGGGAUACAACCAGCUUCCGCAGACAUCCAGAGAGUACCAGAGAAGACGCGGGGAGGACUACCAGAGCGAUUUCAACGUCCAAUCCGACGGAUAUUCUCGCAAUCAAGACUUCAGACCGCAGCCUGAGGAGUACGCGUUGAGCAAGAGCUGGCCCGAUCUCUCCUACAGGUACACUCCACCUUGGAGAGUCGAGGAACACUCUCUGCUGCCUACAACCUCCGAAAAGUGGCCUUGGAGGCAGCCUCCGAGCGAUUCUCAGUACUGGUUCGAACGUAGCAGCUUUCUUCCGGAGGAGAAGAGCUACUGGUCCGGCUUGGACCAGCAAGAAGACGCCGAACAGGAGGCAGAGGCUGGUAAGAUGUGGCAGCAGCACUCUUGGAACAGAGACAGAUCAGGCUGGCCUGUAGAGAAGCCUCUGAAAGUGUCUCCGUCGUGGCAGCUAGGCGACGCGAAGCUGUACGAUCGCGAUCCGGCGAACGGUGUCUGGGAGAAGAGCAAGAAUCGUUCCGAGUUGAACAAGUCUUCGACGAAGCAGGAUUCGAAGGAGAAGGUAGUUCUACCAGAGAUCACGAUGAUGACCUGGAACAGCUUGACCUCUGACCCAGCCACCUGGCCUCACAAGCUGCCCGGAGUUAAACCGUGGCCCAAGGACGAGAACGGUAAAUCGUACAAUCCUAACGCCGAUCUGGUGAAGAAACUGGGACUGGACAAGCAGAACAACGGCGUCUGGUCGAAGGAAGAGGCCGAGAAGUCGAACGGAGAGAGGAAGAUGAAGGAGGAGAAGCAGAACAGGAUGUUCUUGUCCAAAGAACAGGAUUUAUCGCAAACAGACGCUUCUAAGUACGCGUCGAACAACGACAGGAGCAACUUCAGCGACUACAAGCCUAGAUCCUGGAUGAAGUCUGACAGCAUGCAGGGAGACGACGCCGGAGCUUGGAGGAGGAAGUACGACGGGAAGAGCUCGUGGAGCAACGAAGCUGCUUUGCCUAAAAUCCAGUCUGUAGGAGCCUGGGUUAUGGCAGCCGAUCAAUCCACCUGGAAACCUUAUCAGAUCAAACCGAUGGAAGCCUCCGACGAGAACGCUUCGAGAAGAUGGUCGAAACCACUGGGCAGGUCUAACGUCGACUUGAAGUGGCCUAACAAAGGAUCCUGGACGGAGAAAGUGAAGGAUUCCUGGAUGAAACAGUCGAGCAUGUCCCUCUGGCCUGAUAAACCAAACGUCCCAGAGCUGUGGCAGGGAAAAUUGAACAAACAAAGCUCGUGGUUCCCGAAAACGAAGGAUCCAGACACCUGGACGUCCAAGUCCAGCAAUCCUGAGCCCUGGAAGAUGAAAGGAGACUGGUUGACAAAGCCAGAAUCUUCUUCGUGGCUCUCUAAAGUAGGCGAGAACAAUUCUUGGGCUACCAGAGGCAGUUCUUGGUCCACAAAGUCCAACGAAUCCUGGACCUCGAAGACGAACGACGACGUGUCCAAGUUCAACGGCGAUUCCUGGCCUGUGAAGGUUAAGGAAGAGGACUCGGACGACGCCUGGUCGAGGAAAUCCACCGAGCAGAACUUGUCCCCGUGGCAGCAGAAGAUGAACGACGAGUGGAACUACGGGAAAGCUAGCUCGACGGGGACGUGGCCCACGAAGUGGAAGCAGUUCGCGUAUCAUCGCGUGACAGCCAUGCCUAUCUCGAAGCCUGGAACCACAGCGGACGCAGCUUCGUCCAAGUCGAAGAACGCUUUCGUCGCCGUGUCCGCGGUCUCUUCGCCCAAGUACACCGGAAACGAGUGGAGGAAGAACGAGGAGGACACGAGGAACGAGAACGGUCGGCUGGAGGAGCAAGAGAGGUCUCGCAAUCAGCUGCAGGUGGGUUUGGAGGGGCCUAUCUACGCGUGGAAGAAGGAUUCCGGUCUGAGAGGCGGCCUGGCGAAAGGGAACAGCAGCGAUCCGCUGGAGAACCAGCUGGAGGCACUCAGGCAAAUUGACUUCUGGUCCUACAAAGAGAACGAGGCCGAGAAGAGAUUGACGUCAACUAGCGCCACCACGGAAACGACGUCCAUUGCGCCUACAUACGGCACGUCGACGACAGGACAUCGUCGAGGGAGCCUGAUGGCAGGGAAGAGCAACGGCCUGCUCGAGACGAACCGGCGGACGAUCUCGAUGAAAUAAGCGGAAGAUUUACCUUAGAUCCUUGAUCUUGCCCGAUCUGAGUACCGGUCUGUUCAGUCGACAAUAGGCUACGCGAAGUCUCUGAGCAAUUUCCAACGACUCUCUGGCCCCCUGCCAAGGUGCACCGAACCAAACCUAUCCUGUCAGCCUGAGCAGCGAAAUUUCUCGUCGAUUUCAACUUUGAUCGGCACGUCAUACCACAAGGAACUAUCCACUUAUCUUCUAUUUUCACCUGUGUUUUCUGUAUUCCUCCUUACUCGAUACACCUUUCUUUUCCCCCUCU